UGGACCAAAAUCGAAUGUUGUCUCGGUAAAAGUGCGCGCGCAAUACCCGCCCCACACCGCACCGUUCCGGACGUCCAUUGAUGAUCUUUUUAAUCUUAAUGAUAUGAACUGUAACUAUACCUGAUUUUUUUAUAUAUAUGUACCGUUUAAUCUGCAAGAAACAACUAAUUAUUUAAGAUUUUUUAAUAUAAAGAAUUUAAACCGAAAUUGAUGCCGGUAUCAUGUGUUCAUGAUGAGAUGGAGGGCGCUGGCCGGUGGCGGCGUAUCGUUCGCUAGAUUUGGGCGUCGCUGCGUCUCGGCUUUCGGCGGGCGGCUGGUGCGCGGCGGCGCGACCGUGCGCACUCAGUGCCGCCACGCACGCUUGGAUCGCGACCCAGUCUGCUCUGACGUUUAGCCAAGCCGUGUCGUCUGACACCCCGCUCACCCGCUGUAUCAUCGCACAUUAUAUUCUGCGCAUUUAGAUAUAUAAAUUAAAUUGAAAACAGUAAAAUCGCCUCGGUAGACGUUAGCUAGAGAAAACCGCAGGCAGCGCGAAGCUGUCCGGCGAUCGGUUUCGAUAGUAGGUGUGCGGGCGUGCGGGCGUGCGGCGUGAGCAGUCGGGGCUGCGACGACUCCGCGCCGGGCCAGCAGCUGGCCGUGUUUACACGCCGCGCCUGCACCCGCGCCGCCCUUGCGCCACCACCGUCACCGCCACCGCCAACGCCACUGCCACCAUCUCAGUGCCGUGUGCGCUCGCUCGUUGCAACAUAUACGACCCCUCAUUUACUAUUCAACGCUGUGAAUUUUUAACUUUGCGAACGACCGACGAUAGAGCAUGGCGUCGUGAAACAUCCGUACAGACACGGUACGCAACGCUCGCAGAGUCUCAACCGUGGGCAUUCGCUGUCGCGCUCCGAUGGCACUUGGUGACAUCACGGGACCGCGGGCAGCAUAGUGCAGUGCGCCGAGUGCGGCACGCGCACGAUGGGCAACAAGCUGUCGUCGUGCUCAUGCGCGCCCAUCCUUCGCAAGGCGUACCGCUAUGAGGACAGCCCGUGGCAGAAUUCACGCCGUCGAGAUGGACAUUUAUUGAGGCUAUGGGCAGAGGUAUUCCACGUGUCUGCAAGCGGCGCGGGCACAGUGAAGUGGCAGCAAGUAUCCGAGGACCUGGUACCAGUUAACAUCGCUUGCAUUCAGGACUCUCCAGAAUGCGUUUUUCACAUUACCGCAUACAAUUCGCAAGUCGACAAGAUCCUCGACGUACGACUAUUGCAGCCUGGCACUCGGAUUGGGCAGGCAUCUGAAUGCUUCGUGUACUGGAAAGAUCCGAUGACCAAUGACACCUGGGGCUUAAACUUCACUUCGCCCAUCGAUGCUAAACAAUUUCGAGAAUGCUGCUCACCGUCAUUCAAAUUCUCACGUAAGGCAUCUUCAAGCUACAGCCUCAAACUGGAGCCACCGGGUAACAAGCAGAAAUUUAAAGCCAAACGAAAACCACUCUCUACUCCUGCAAGUCCAAACAGAUCAAGUUUGACGUACGGUCGUGAGCCACAGUGUACGUGUAUGACUCAAGAACAAUAUGCACGAUUGAGAGCUCAAGAUCCCCGAUAUCGCUCGUCUACUCUGCCACGUACUACGACUCGUGCUAUCGAGACCGAGGCGGGCGCUGCCGGCGGCGCCACAGGCCGGACAGACAAAGUCGCCGCUGCCACCUCAUCCACAUCGCUUUACGACAACGUCACCAAUUCACAACCAGCACACCAGGCGCCGCCUAAGCCGGCCGCACGCCAAACGGAGUCCCAACCACCAAGUCGUCCUCCGAAAUCACAGGAGACUUCAACCAUGACGACAAAUACAUCCACUGCCCCCAAAACUGUUACUGCCUCAGUUGGUACACAUAAUACUAAUAUUAACGAUGACAAUCAAGCGGGUGGAGUAACUGGAAAUGCAUCUCAGCACAGUCAAGACUUGAAGUCAGAAGGGGUACAAGCUGGUGGUACACUAACAUCAACCAAGUCUUCUGCAACUUCGACAAGACCUGGAAAAGAACAUUUGCAACAUAUGCCAAAAAGUGUCGACUAUGGUGAUGGCAACGAAUCGUCACGUGAAUCAGAUCGACAUUCGACGCAUCAUCAUAACGUUAUCAACAACAACACAUCCGGUUCACGGCGCACUAAAUCUAAAAGCACUGAAGACAUGAAUAUGGAUUCCAGUACUUUGAAGCGUAUGUUAAAACCGAUGCCUUCUACCGAGAGUCCAGUGACAUCUCCCGAGAUGGGUCGCCGCAGGUACGGUGGCGCGGCUGCAUGCCCGCCAUCUUGCGGUUCGCAUGGCCACCGUCACCCGCAGCAUGCACACCAUGGACAUUAUUCACAUGUGGUCAACAACAACAGCAGUAGACAGAGUUCACAACGUCGCGGCGUGGGUGUGGGUGCUGCUCCAAGUGGAUAUCCGGGGCGCGGGCUCUACUUGGAGUUGGGUGGAGGUGAGCGGGACAUGUCACCGCCCUCGGAUAAUGUAAUGUUCGAUAAUCAAUGUUACGCCACUACGCCUUCUUCUUCCAAUGGAAACUCCGAUCAAGAGCCUUGCCAACGCAGGGAUGGCAGACAUCAUCAUGGGAAGCCCUGCUUAUCUCGACAAACUUCACAAUCAAGCGCGACCCCAGCACCUGGUUCUCCCACGUCUCGGCUUCUUCUCGAGUAUGAAAUGCAUCUGCGGAAUACUCUCGCUAAAGGCAUGGACGCUGAGAGCUACAGUCUUCAUACCUUUGAAGCAUUAUUGAGUCAAAGCAUGGAAGAUUUAGAGUACAAUGACAACAUGCCACCAUCAAAUCAACGAAGUCCCUAUCCAUCUCGGCGUCGACCGACCCAAGAAUCCAUUCUACACUCUUUGAGAAACCUUAAGGAGGCUGCAAUAAGAGCUAGAGGACCAGCAUCACAAUGCUCAGGCGGAGGCAGUAGAUCAUCAACUCUACCCUUACCACAUCGAUUGGGCGUAGAAAGACAACUUAGUGCACGAUCCGAUCGUGAUGGUUAUUACAGUGAUCGAAAUGAGCUAAUGCGAGAACGGGAAAGGGAUAGAGAACGAGGUUACUUGAGUGAUCAUAAUUCCAGGGACCGUGUUCGAGACCGAGAUCAGGGAUACUUAAGCGAUCAUCAAUCAAGUUUCGUGAGUGCAUCUCGUUGUGCGUCCUGUAUUGGUGAAUCGGCUCGUGCAGCAUGGUACCGUCAUUCGGAUGGCUGGCGUGGGGCGCCUCCGCCGGGCCCGCGGCGGUCCCCAUGGGACUCUUUACCUAGUCUCCGACACGAGGGCAGCCUUAAUGACUCCGGCUAUAGAAGCAACAGGGCUGACAGUUUCGAACAACGGGGUGUAUUUGACCGCCAAGAUAGUGUUCGGUCAGAGUACACAAGUGAUCGAGAAUCAACUCGUUAUGGUAUCGUUCAGCAAGCUUCCAUAGAUAGUACGGACUCCAGAAUUUGCUACUUAACAUCAAGCGAGAUAUCGGACGAUGAUCGCAUGUCUCUGACAACUGCGGUGUCCGACGAAGAGGAUCCUGGUGAAAGCGCGAUGAACUCGCCGUACAAGGGCAAGCAAACCGGCGCUGCUGCAGCUUCAUUCAACUGUACUGGUGCAGUCAGGAAAGCUGGUUUUCUAAGUGUGAAGAAAUGGUUACUACGAAAGAAGCAUCAAAUUGAAUUGGCCAGAAAACGAGGGUGGAAGGGCUAUUGGGUUUGCUUGAAAGGUACUACGCUACUGUUCUAUCCUUGCGAUUCGCGAGAAGGACGCUCAGUGGAAGCAGCACCAAAACAUCUCAUCAUAGUUGAUGGUGCCAUCAUGCAACCAAUACCUGAACACCCGAAACGAGACUACAUAUUCUGCCUUAGUACAGCAUUUGGGGAUGCUUAUCUCUUUCAAGCACCAUGUCAGGUGGAGCUUGAAAAUUGGGUGAAUAGUAUACACAGUGCAUGUGCUGCAGCAUUCGCGCGUCACCGUGGGAAAACGGGAACACUACACCUACUGCAAGAGGAGAUUUAUCGCCUUGAAAAAGCUAUUGAAUCCGAUCAUAAAUUGAAACACAUGGCGGAUUUGCAACAAUCAGUGGUGUCUGAUCCAGAGACCCGUGCACAACUUGCAGUUCAAAUGCUACAAUGGGAGGAGAACUUGGAACGAUUACACUGUGAACAAUUCCGUCUAAGAUGCUAUAUGGCUAGUUUACAGUCCGGUGAACUGCCUAAUCCAAAGUCACUCCUGACGCAUGUGUCUCGUGGUACGAAGAGUACACUGAAUAAACUGGGCGUAUUCACGGUGUCAUCAUUUCACGCAUUCAUAUGUGCGCGAUCACCAUCGUUACUCAACAAUCUACUAGCAGGUCGGGGUGCUACAAAGCGUAGAGCACCUAACCUCUCAAGAUCUAAUUCCGGUUCUAGUCGACGAUCUAUGCAGAUGUCACGUGACGACGGCGAAGCGGCAGUUCGAGUAUCGCUGCCAGAAGGCACAACGGCUACUGUAGGCGUUCGUGAAGGCAUGACAGUAGAAGAGUUUCUAGCAGCAGCCUGCGCACGCCGUUCCCUUAACGCGCUCGAACAUUUUGUACGCGUAAAGAAACGACGGGAUAUGGAAGAUCACAAUUACUUCGUGCCACAUCGCAGCGACCUCAUAGAAACUUAUUUACAUACACAUGAAGUAGUGGAAGUGUGUGCCAAAAUUUUAUAUCAAGUGGAGCUGCAACGUACAACUCUCGAGCAGAUGUGGGGAUUCAGCGUGGAAGCCGAGCUUAUAGAAAAUUCAGAGAGGCAGGAUGAACUCUGUUGUUACGUUAGCAGAGUCGAAGACAAGAGCGUCGCUAUGCAAAAUGGCAUAAUCAAAGGCGACGAGAUAAUGGUGAUCAACGGAGCGAUCGUAUCUGACCUAGAUAUGAUGUACUUGGAAAGUGUGUUGCAAGAGGAGCUCUCCCUCGUCAUGAUGAUGAGGUCUUCACGAACAGAGCCGCCGGAGCUGUCGGGUAUGAUGCGCGCAGCUACUGACGAUAUAAUCGAUUCAUUGGUGUGCCCACCGCCACCCAGCGAGCCGCCCGUCAUUUCCGAUGACAUGAUAUCCGGGCUCAUUGUGCCAGCUCCAGCAUGGAGUAAAGAACUGUAUAGUCCGGAUGCAGAUCCGCACGGCGGUAGCAGUGAAGCAGUCUCCAGUGGCCCUCCAAAAGUCAGUUCUCGAACCAACUCCUUCGAGAUUGAAAAUCUACUCAAGAAAUGUGGGGGUGUUCGUGGGCAGAGCGCUGAGCAAGUGACGGGAUGGUGUCGGUCGCCGGCGGAGACGCGGCGCGGCAGCCCCACGGGCAGCGUGGCGAGCGCCGCCGCCGGCACGCCGUCGCGCCACCUCUCCGACGCCGAUAAGCUCAAGAAGGUGCUGCUCGAGCUCGUCGACACUGAACGCGCAUACGUCAAGCACCUGAACAACUUACUCGAGAACUACCUGGAACCGUUGAAAAAGGAAACUUUUUUAUCAAAUGCCGAAAUAAAUGCACUAUUCGGAAACAUACAAGAAAUCGUAACAUUCCAAAGGCAGUUUCUACAAAAUUUAGAAGAAGCUCUCGAGGCAGAACCAAAUUUCCACCACUUCGAAUUUUCAAAUCAAUUUAGAAAUGUACUCUUCGCAGUUGGCAACGCUUUUCUAUUUUACGUCAAUCAUUUUAAGUUAUACAGCUCAUUUUGUGCUAGUCACAGUAAAGCACAGAAAGUUCUACAUCCAAAUGAAGGUAAUCAGGCUUUACAAGAAUUUCUGGCUGCUAGAAAUCCUAAACAACAACAUUCAUCGACUUUAGAAUCAUAUCUAAUAAAACCUAUACAACGGAUAUUAAAAUAUCCUUUAUUACUACAACAAUUAAGAAAUUUGACUGACGUUAAUUCUGAAGAGCAUCUACAUUUAGUAGAGGCUUUAAAAGGAAUGGAAAAAGUUGCUGAACACAUCAAUGAAAUGCAACGAAUACAUGAAGAAUAUGGUGCUAUAUUUGAUCACUUGUUUAGACAACACCAAAAGUCUUGCAAGCAACCUAUAGAUCUAAGUCCUGGUGAUUUGUUAUACUACGGUGGUGUAGAAUGGUUAAAUAUUUCAGACUUUUUAGGAAAAAUAAAGAAAGGACUAGAAUUACAUGCUAUGUGCUUUGUAUUUAAAUCAGCUGUUGUCUUCCUAUGCAAAGAAAGACUGAGACAGAAGAAAAAACUAAUGGGAGUAUCAUCAAAGAAUAACUCGAACGAAGUAGAAAUCAUCAGGUACCAGGUUCUAAUACCUGUCACUGAAGUACAAGUGCGUGCAUCCUCCGCAAAAGAUAUGGACAGUCACUUUUUAUGGGAACUCAUACAUCUUAGAAGUCAACUUCAAAGGCGCUCUGAGAAAGUUUACGUUUUAUCUAACAGCACGGCGGAUUUCCGCAACGCGUUCCUGAAGACGAUACGGCAGAUAAUCCGCGAGUCGGUGCGCAACAUGUCGCUGCCGAGCACGCGGCCCGCGCCGGCGCCGCCGCGCGCCCCGCACCCGCCGCACGCGCCGCACACGCUCGACCGCGACCGCGACCGCGACCGCCCCAAGCAUCAGGUUCAAGUAAUGCAAGGAUCCCAAACUCUCGGCAAAACGAAAAAGCCCAAGACUACGGGGCAAAGGUUAUCAGCUGGUAACAUAGAGGUUGGUGAUCUGUCACGAGAAAAUUCUCAGGAUACAGAAGAACCUCCACAAGAAACAACUGACGAAGAGCCAGCUUUUAGACAUCGUAGCAAGACACUAGGUGAUACCACGGAGAGUAAUGCAAAACGCGCGCCGCCGCCUCCACCACCCGACGCUGACAAGUCAGACCCAGGCUCCAAAUCCGAGGGCGAAGAUGAACAGCCGCAGCCACCUGCCAAACGAGGGUUAGGCAGAACUCCCAACCACCUCACGCUAAGUACGACGUCGACGCUGAGUGCUGGCAGUACUGGCAGUCAAGCAAGGCUUAUUCAAUCAUCCCAUCAACCAACUCAGUACCAACCCACAAUGGUUAAAGAAUUAGGUAAGCAGGAGUCUCAAUCUCUUAAGUCCUCACCUGAGAGAAAGAGUUCAUCAAUUUCUGACAAAAAAAUAAAAGUAAUUCGUUCGUGUAGCGGUAGUAGCAUUAACAGGGAUAAAUCUCCGAAUAGAUGCGGAGAUCACGUAUCCCCUGACAGAGAUCGCGUCACCAAAGUUAUUGUUUGCAAAUCUCCAAAUAAAUCUAACCUGAAACAAGUUAAAACUCUUUAUCGAUCACCAAGAGGCAGUUUUGAUCAAUCGAAAUCUCCACGAGGUUCUAUCGAUAAAUCUCGCUCUCCACAGCAAAGUUUUGAUGGGUCUAGAUCACCGCGUGGAAGUAUUAUGAAAUCACGCGAGAAUAGUAUAGAUAGAUCGAGAUCUCCUAAGCCGGUUCCCAAAAAGGGCAUAAUGCGAACGCCACAGGCGAGUUUCGAUAGAUCACCAUCAAAGUCACCAAACAUAAGUCGACGUUCAUCGAAAUGUAGUGGUGAAAAGUUAGCUCGACUUGGAACUAAUUCUUUGGAUAGAAUGACACAUUAUUCUCAGUUAGCAAAAGUAGAAGACAAAGCAAUAAAAAUGGGAAUUGUGGUUUCCAAGUCUACAGAAUCUAUCGCUAAAGCUAUUGAACAUCCCACGUGUGUUCAAUGCUACCUUUCUGGUAAAAAGCAGAGCAAAACCUCCUAGCAUAGGGGGAAGGGCAAGUCCCCCAAAUCAAGAAGAAAGUCUUUGGCUUCAAUCAAUCAAUCGCAACAAAUUCUUACAUCAUCUGAUCGUAGUAGUGUGGAAACUUUGGAUGAUGCACACGAACGUGGACGUUUCAUUACUACACGAAACUAUGAAGAACCACGAAACUAUGAAGAUAAUUCAUUUGAUCAAAUUCACGUUUAAACAUAUGAGUAAAACAGAUAAUAACACAAUUAUAUACGCGAAAAUUUACUACAUUUUAAUUUUUCACAGUCUCUGUUAAAAUUAAUAAUAUUUUCAUAGAAUGUUCGUCAUGAUAAUUAUGCCGUAAUAUCAUUUAUAAUCGGGUGUAGGUAUUGUACAAAUUAAAUUAAUUAACUCACCCUACAAUGGAAUUGAUUAGUAAAGAAUAGUAAUGAACUCUAUAAUACUUUAAGCAGUAAUAUGGUAUAAACAAAAAGUAAAGAAGUACAACACAAUAAAACAUUUCAUUGCGUUAUACUUCUUUACUUUUUGUUUAGAGUUAUCAUCUUGGUUGAAAGUAAUGUCUAUACAUCUAUUGAGCUAAUUGAAUUUAAUAAAAUCAUAGUAAAAGAAUCUUAAUACAAGUUAAUAUUAAGGUAUUAGGUUGCAGCAAGUAUAACAAUCAACAAUAUUGAUUUAUUUAAUCACAUAUUUACCCAAUAUAAAUGAUUUUUCAUUAAAAAUUUUAAUUUACAUUGACAAAAAAAGCUUCUACAGUAUAAAUAUAAAAAUUAUAUAAGUAUGUGGAUUUCUUGAUACUUAUGAUGUCAAUUGAAAACCUAUAAUUGGCAAUAUUUAUUAACUGAAUUAUAACUAUAUGAUGACAUAAUUAUGACUAGUGAAAUAUAUCAUCGAUAUUAGUGUUAACGACAAUACAUUCAAAAUUUUGAACAAUAAAUUGGCAUAAAAUCUUCUAUAUUUAUUAGAAGUUAAACCCACAUAUUUUUAUAAACUAAAUUUGCACGAUAUCAUUUAAUAUAAAAUCUAUUGAGUUAUGUGUUAUAUAUUAUAUGUUAUUUAUCGAUGUCAAUGAAAUAAUUAUUUGUUUUAUUUACUGAGCACUUUAAGUAGUUGAGCAUAAACUAUUGACUUAGGUUAUGUACAAACAAACAGAGAAUAACUAUGUAUAACUAAUUAACCUUAUAGAUGAUAUUAAACAGCUCAUUAACUAGUCAUAGGUAAAGAAAAAUAGAUUUAAAUAAAUUACUGUAGAACGAAAAUAAACUUAUUAGUGAUCUAAUAUACUUCUAUGUUAAUUUUCGUUCUCUAUAAAAGUAUCCAACUGAAUUUUAACUAUUUGAAUGUUUAUUAUCAGUGUAUAUUCAUGAAUCCUCCACAUAAAUGCUAUGAAUCAAAUCCGCUUGUAUUUGCCGAAAAUGGAAGAAAAUAUUUUAAUAUAAUUUGAUAUAUUACGCGAAAAUUUUCGAACCCAGAAAACUAAAGGAGAUGUUUCAAGAUGAGAGAUGACUCGGGAAUGUAAACACCUUGGGCCCAAUCAAUGUACACUAUCUUAAUGUAUAGAAAUUACGAAUCUCUAUGUUUGUAUAGUUUGUAUUAACUUAAACAUAACGCCCGACCGAUUUUAUUAAAAUUUGUAGAUGUGAAUUAUUUGUUUCAAUUUGAAAAAUAGGAUAGUUUUGGAUUGAAUAGAUGGCGCUGAUAAUGCUAGAUAUAGCAUGACAAAUAAAGCAUGAAUGUACACUGAAUGCCAUUGAAAUGCGAACAAAUUUGAAUGGCAAGGUAAGAAACAAUGUCAUUAAACAGUAUAAAGAAAAUGUAGAGACUAGAAUUUAGAAACGUAUAUUGCGAUGAUUUGAAUAUAUUGAAACGAUACAUGAUAACCGAGUAAAUGGAUUUAUGAGGGAAAAGUGAGGAAGCAAGUUGAUCAAGUGAGUGUUAUUUCUACUUUCAAUGACCAAAUUAGAAAUAUCGUAGAGAAAUGCCAAUUUGGAAGAAUCUACAAAUAAUAACUUUGUAUGAUGCGAUGUAUGAUUGCAGAAGAAGCUAGAGAAGUAUGUCGGAGCAAAAGUUACUGGCAGUCUAUGAUUUUAGUUUCUUUGGAGAAAUUCUCCAAAGAGAAAAGGACGUGAACUAAAAUAGAACAGAAGUAAAAAUAAAGUUUGAUUAUUUUCCUUAUUAUUGAUUUAAACGUAUGACAUGCGACGUAACGUUAUUGAUCUGAAUAAUUAAUAAAAAAAAUUUCACCAAUAUUUUAAGUUGUAAAUUAAUCUUGUUAUGUUUUCCCCGUACUGUUCGUUUCUAUUUUUUUAUUCCUCUUAAAUACCGACAUUUACUGUGCCCAAUAUGAAACAUCUGCUUUUAAAUUUUCACGUUAAUUUCUAUAUGGAUCAUUAUAAAAGCUUUCUGUAAAUAGAUAUAUUCUGUGCUUUCAGUUAUUUCUACCUGUCAACUAAUAUUACAAAAUCUAUUAUAUUUAUAAGUAUUUUCUUUCAUUAACAAUAAGUAUUAAUUCACCCUAGUUCAAAUAUGGUAUACGUGAAAUCAGAAAUAUUUUUAUUUCCACCUUUAUACAAAAUUGCAAUAAGCUAAUUAAUUUCACAACUUUUGAAGUAAUAAAAUAUUGCGAUCAAGUACUACUAAGUAUCUACUAUGUAUUGUAUUUAAAUAUAAUUUUAUUGUAUAUUACAUACUAUUACUCAAACUUAAUUUUAGAUGUAAUCUUAGUGCUAAGUUGUUAUAUAAUAAUGGCUGUGGAAUCGUACUGAUGAUAAUCCUAAAUCACUUUGGUCAUAAUGUCUCUCUUAAUAAUUUUCAUUCGACUAUAUUAAUGUGCGUUGUAUCCCGAUAAAUUAAUACAAUUAUUAUUACGUAGACGACCAUGGAUUUGUAGUAUGUAAUCAUUAAUUAAGUCUUCCAUUUCGAAAUACCUGUAUUUAAUAAUAAUUAAUUUACUCUUGCAUUUAUUUAUGUACCUGCUCAAUUUAGGUUUAAGUUCGAUCUGUUACUGUAAAUCGCGAUUGCCAUAAUAUAUAUUCACGUAAAUAUAUUGUAAUGUAGUAUAUAUAAAUCAAUAUUUCUUCUUGUUUUCUGAUUGGUAAAGCUAAAACUAAACAUCAAAUGAUUAUUUUAUAUAAUUAGAGUAAUACCAGUGUUCUAAUUAAAUCAAAUAAUAACUAUUUACGUAACAAAAAUUGCAAAUAUGCAAAACAAUAGUUUUUUUUAAAUGCUGUAUUAUUCUUUUAGACCAAUUACAAUUUGUGACAAAUUAUUACAUAAUAUAAAGAAACGUCACUUAACAUUAUUUGGCAACUUUACCACAUGUUCCUGCAUAAAUGUUAAUAGUGUAAACAUUCUCACAGUGGCGUUAUAAUUACAUGGACAGAAAUUAAAUAAAGUGAAGAUGUAUCUCGAUUUAAUCAUAACGGACUACAACGUAAAAGUUUAAAUAAAAAAUUACAUUAUAUAACAAAAUAGUAGUACAUAAUCUCUAAAUGCAUGUUGCUAUAAACAAUAAUAAAUAGGUGAAUGUAAUGUACUAAUCGUUUAAUAAUAAAUAGGCUAACCGAAAAUACACUAAAAUAUACAUGAUAUCAGCAAACUUAUAUCUCAUAAAUUAAGUAGCAAAAUAUGUAUUACUCUUCUAUCACGUAGCGCUUCUAUAACUAUGCACCGAUUCUCUAUUGACUUAGAUUAUGCACGUAUGGACCGAAAAUAAACGAUGGAUAAUUAAAGAUAAACAGAAGCUAUCAUCGAUUAACGACUGGCGCACCUUACACGUAGCUCGUAGAGUAAUCAUCUAUACAUACGUAUAUACUUAGGUAUACAUGUAUGCAGCAAAUAAAAUAAGACUAGGUAGAUAGAGUAUACGACAAGAGACUUAGCAAUUUCGCUAUCAUUUGAAUGUUCGAUGACAAUGUUGACCGGCGUAGAUCCGCGAUUCCUCCAACGACAUACUUAUCCUUUAUCCUCCAAGUAUUAAGCACCUUCCAUUUAUGUCCGGACGGGCGCCCGGUUCGUACGAUUUCUACGAGGGCAUGAACCUACGAUAACAUUCAUCAAACAUUCAACUCUUUGAUACCGCGAAAUCUUUGUGAUCGGUAAAAUUGCAUUCCAAAUUUGCUCGGUGCACACUCGCCACCCGGCGACAUGAAUUGUUUAUAAAGAGUUCGGUGUUUGGUGUG